GGAGCGCGCGUCGGCGGGAGCGCGCACGGUGUAGUGCAGGGAAAGAUGGCGAUGUGUGCGACGCUCAGGUGCUUUUCCUCCAACCUUUCAGUGGUUUUGCCCAGUCUGUCCAGAACUGUCGGGUCCCAGAUACUGAGAAGGACGGACAGAUCUGUUUCACGGAGUUUCUGCUCGAGCCCCUGGCUUUCCCAAGCUCUCAAGUUUACAGAUAAGCAUGAGUGGGUACGAGCAGAUGGAAACAUUGGUACAGUCGGUAUCAGUGCUUACGCUCAGGAAGCAUUAGGUGAUGUGGUAUACUGCGGCCUGCCAGAGGUUGGAACAAAGCUUCAACCAAUGGAGGAAUUUGGUGUGUUGGAAAGUGUGAAGGCCGCAAGCGAGCUUUACUCACCUCUGAGUGGAGAAGUCACCGAAAUCAACACUGAACUAACGGAGAACCCCGGACUCGUCAACUCGUCCUGCUACGAGCGUGGAUGGUUGAUUAAGAUGACAAUAGAGAAGCCUGAAGAACUGGAAGGCCUUAUGGAUGAAGCUGCCUAUGAAAAAUACCUCAAGUCCCUUGAGUAGAUCAAAUGAAUUACACGUUAAAUCAGCUUUAUCUUUAUGUAUCAAAUUUUCGUGCUAAAAUCUCACUGCUAAUGCUUAUGAUUAUAGAAAUUGUACUGUUUCUUUUUUGAUUAUUUUCACCAAAUCUUUGCUUGUGUGAAUGUAACAAGACUUUAAUUCAGAUUUGUGUUUGAUGGAUGGAUAGAGCUCUGAAUUACAGGACUGCAGUCCAGUUUUUAGGUGCUUUGAUUGAUUAAAUUUGGAACAUUGAUGCUUGAGCUGAAAUACAAUAAAGCUGAAAAUGUAUUCUUAGUAACAGUAUAAAACAUCUGCAUCUUCAUAUUCAGGUUCAUCUCAUCUCAUUAUCUCUAGCCGCUUUAUCCUUCUACAGGGUCGCAGGCAAGCUGGAGCCUAUCCCAGCUGACUAUGGGCGAAAGGCGGGGUACACCCUGGACAAGUCGCCAGGUCAUCACAGGGCUGAGACAUAGACACAGACAACCAUUCACACUCACACCUACGGUCAAUUUAGAGUC